AAAACCACUCGGAGGCCUUACAUAGACUACAUAGAAUUCACUCUCAAAUACUGCAAAGGAAAGCCCCGGAAAAUGUGUAAAGGAUUAGCAGCUUUGCCCCAAAGCUGCCUGGAAAGGGCGAAGGAGAUCAAGUCAAAAUUGGGCGUUUUACUGCAGAAGCCAGAAAAUGCCAUCGACCUCAUUAUCCCCUACCCGGAGAAGGCUGAGAAGAAGCCGGAGAAGCAGCAGAAGCCUACUCCCGAAGAGGCUGCUCAGUGGCGUGAGGGUCUGGACCGAGUCCUGAACAACAGCUAUGGUCUGGCUGCUUUCCGUAGCUUCCUGCAGUCCGAGUUCAGUGAUGAGAACGUUGAGUUCUGGAUGACCUGCGAGGACUUUAAGAAGACCAAGAACCCCAUGAAAAUGGCCACCAAGGCCAAGAAGAUCUACGAAGACUUCAUCCAGUCUGAGGGACCCAGAGAGGUGAACAUUGAUCACUUCACCAAGGACGUGACCCUGAGGAACCUGGUGGAUCUCUCCCCUACCACCUUUGACCUGGCCCAGAAGAGGAUCUUCGCCCUGAUGGAGAAAGACUCCUUUGGUCGCUUCCUUCGCUCUGAGCAGUACCAGCAGCUCCUGGCCAACUAAGCCAGAGGCCGGUCUGAGGAGAAGGGGAGGUUGUGGGGCGGGGAGGUUUCAAACAGCAGUUAGAUAACGCCACAAAACGUAUUUGUAAUUAUUUGCUGUUUUUUGUAAGUACAGCUCAAAAAACAAAGACAUUUCUUUUACAAAAUAUCAAAGAAUGAGGCGAAAUUACGCUUUCAAUGUAACUAAAGGGAAAGACUGCCUUUGAAAUAGCCCUACCUCCCCAACCAACCGACACAACCCUUAACACACUUCAUUUCGUCUGCUCUAAAAUAAGUGAGGCUCUCCAAGAAUGACCUCACUUGUCAAAUAUGGCGAUAAAAACCUGAUAUAUAGUUUUGUGUAAAGCUUGACCUCAUCAACAUCCUUGGAGUACGCUGCAGAAUGCAGGGCAGACUUUCUGACAAAAAGCCCUAAUGCAAGGUCAUUUUAUUUACAGAAAUUUAGUUUAAUCAAUAAUAGAAAACCAUUGGGGAACUAUAAAUAUAAUGACAGUAACACAGUUGCCUGUUUUAAAAUCCAUGAAUUUGUUGCUUUCCAGCAAAAAACAAAUAUUUUGUCAUUGGAAUAAAAAAUAUCUUAACAAAGUGGACUCACCUCUAGUAUCAGUGCACAAGUAAUGGUUACCACAUGUGUCAUUUUGUCUCUUCAAGUCUCCAACACUCACGUAGUCAGACUUCUGAUUUUCACUAAGCUCCCCAUUAUGGAUGAACCCUGUAAGAGUCCUUUGAGAAUAGCUGGCUAGUUCAGUGGUGAAUCACCUCAACUUCCACUAAACUGCAUGUUGCUACGUUGGGAAAAAAAAAUCAAGUAGGAGGGAAUCUGUGAGAGGAGAAGUAAAAAUCGCAGCGGUUUUAACAGAGAAUGGUAUUUUUUCCUAUGUAAUGUUACCAAAUGUUAUGAAAGCAUCCCAGGUAUAUAAAAGUGCUUAUAUACCAUUAAAAAAGAAGGGGGGCAAGUUGGCCUUUGUUAAAAGUCCUAAAAGUAAUGGAAGAAAAGAGCCCACCAGUCAGAAAAGUAGACACAGAAUAGUGGCAGUUGAUGAAUCUGAUUAUAUGCACUUUUCACUUUUUAUUCAUUUAUUAUUCGGGUAAACACUUAUAACCACAGGUUGUUAUUCGCUACAUGCUGUAAGAACAUUAGUUACUUACACUGGGCUAAGGCAUAGAUGGAUGCGAUGGUGUAGUUGUUGGUGGUGUGCAAUGGUUAAGUUUUCUAAGUGUACACUUAAGUUCAAUGUAGCGUUUGUUAAAUGUGAUUAUAUUUACUCUUUAGUGCUUUUUUUCUAUAAAACAAAAGCAUUAUGUAUUAACCAACACAAUAAUAUUGUCAUCUAGAUAUUCAGCAUUUCACAAGUCCUUAUUGGUGCAUGUCUUCUAACUUGACUCACAAAUGAGGAAAACAACUAAUCUGAGAGGUAUUUCAAUUUAAAACAGCAUUGGCGAGGGCCCAUUAUGACACAGAUUAGCCAGUCUAGUGUCAUAAAAGUCAAGAAUCCAGUCAAUCAAUAAGGACUUUAACAGUGCUGAGUAUGCAUCUUUUACUGUAGAAUGCAUGUAACCUGGAGUCUAUCAUAUAAAAAUAUAUAUAUGCAUACAA